CCGCCGCCUCCCUCGCCAGGCACCGACCCGCCGCCGCCCCGGUCGCUGCUGCCCGGGAGAUGCCGCUCGGCGCGCGGGGACCUGGGGCUCCGCUGCGCACCGGCCCCGGCCGCAGGGACCCGUGAGCACGUUCAGGAGUUGCCACGGAGACCCUGACGGCUCUUGCCUCCGACUCUGAGGGCCAGCAAAGUUCGUGAAGUAACCGCCCCAGGCCCAGACCCACAGUGCCCUCAGUGAGAGGUGCCCCUCCUUGGAGGCAGGUCUGAUCGGAGCGGAUUUGCUGUCUGGAUCAAGACAAACUCUCUUCUCUGAACCAUCCCGAAUUUAUCAACAUCUUUCUUGAACUGAGGGCACCAGAACUGGACACAGUAUUCCAGGAGCGAUCAAACCAGUGCCAAAUACAGAGAAUCUGGGUGCAGAAUUGUCCUCUGGCACCUCAUCAAGCAAAUAGUCAACAGAAUUCCAAGUCAUUGAUCUGCUGCAGCCUCAGGACACAGAGAACCCAGGGAGGCAGAGUUUGAAAACAAAAGAGUCCAGUGUGAGCACCACAGGGGAAACUUGGCUGAAUAAAAGAGAAGUCAGGAUGCUGGGUUGGGGAGAUUGCCAUCGAUUCCACGGCUCCGUAAUGCCCUGCCUUGAACAGAGGGAGCAGCAGGAGAGCCCGGGCCAGGCAAGGCACAAACCGAGUUGGGAACAGCAAGGACACCCAAGAGGAUUUAUUUUUGGUCCCUCCCCCUGUUUUUAAUAUCGAAUCAGCUCCCCUCACCCCCACCCUUCCUCUCUCUGUGACUCGUGCUUGGGAUCUGGGGGCUCGCUCCUUUUCCCUUCCCAAGUUGGAAUCCUUUCUCCGACCCUCGCACCACGAGCAGCUGAGCACCAGCACGAUGGACACUGAUGGCCAGCUCUGACGUGCAUGGCGGCCUGUGGCGAGUGACCGCGCUGUGCCGGCGAGGGACCCGAGCCGAUAGGGCACUGCUGCCAAGCCACCCACCAGCACAAAGCCCAGAGAAAUCCCGGGGACAGAGACUGCGAGGGAGCACAGUGCGGGGCACCUCAGCCAGCUGCACGGGGAGCGGAAGGGGAACCCCACACCCUCUCAUUGCGCUGCUAGGCCAGCUCACCCGAUUGCUCCUCUCUGGUGCUGCGUAUCCCCGCUGCCGACAUGAUGAUGUAUUUCUGGGGUAAUCAGGACGCCACGGCUCCUCCUGAAGCAAUGGCUCAGCCCUACCCCCCAGCCCAGUAUCCUCCGCCUCCCCAGAAUGGAAUCCCUGCAGAGUACGCACCCCCGCACCCUCACCCCACACAGGACUACUCGGGGCAGAGCACGGUACCGGAGCACGCCAUGACCCUCUACACACCAGCACAGAGCCACGCCGAGCAGCCGGGCGCUGACGCCAGCACGCAGUCCAUAGCGGGGACGCAGACGGUAUCGGUAAGAGCCCCCGUGGAGCCCCGGGUGGGCAGCAGGGCCUUUCAGCAGACAGAUGAAGCUGCGCAGACAGAGAGCCAACAGCUCCAUUCUUCAGAGAACACAGACAAGCAGCAGCCCAAGAGGUUACACGUCUCCAACAUCCCCUUCCGGUUCCGGGAUCCAGAUCUGCGGCAAAUGUUCGGGCAAUUUGGGAAGAUCCUCGACGUGGAGAUUAUUUUCAAUGAGCGGGGCUCCAAGGGUUUUGGGUUUGUAACUUUUGAAACUAGCACAGAUGCCGACCGGGCACGAGAGAAGCUGAAUGGCACAAUCGUAGAGGGACGGAAAAUUGAGGUGAAUAACGCCACAGCCCGAGUCAUGACGAACAAAAAGGCUGCAAAUCCCUACAUCAAUGGCUGGAAGCUGAACCCGGUGGUGGGAGCUGUCUACAGUCCUGAAUUCUAUGCAGUAACAGGGUUCCCGUACCCAGCCACGGGGACUGCCGUGGCAUACCGAGGGGCGCACCUAAGGGGCCGGGGGCGUGCUGUCUACAACACGUUCCGCGCCGCACCCCCGCCUCCACCUAUCCCCACCUACGGCGCGGUCGUUUAUCAGGAUGGAUUCUAUGGCGCUGAAAUUUACGGGGGUUACGCAGCCUACAGAUACGCCCAGCCAGCGGCAGCGACAGCAUACAGUGACAGCUACGGCAGAGUGUACACAGCCACGGACCCGUACCACCACACCAUCGGCCCUGCUGCCACGUACAGCAUCGGCACUAUGGCUAGUCUAUACCGAGGAGGGUACAGCCGCUUCACUCCCUACUAGCAAGACACCCAGCCCCUCCCAACACUAACACUGACUGCUCACUAGAAACCAAACAAACCAAACUAAGCAAAGGCAGAGCCUCUCGGAAGAACAUGGUGCCCCUGCCAGGGGCCAGGGCUCCGCCCGGCUCAGCGUGGCACCUAGAACCAUAGGUCUUUACCUCAAGCUGCUCUCAUCCCGCGUCUCAUGUCUCUUUGCUCACCCACCUCUGUCUGUGACCUGCCCUGGCUGAACUGACUGUGUUGCAAAGCAGGCAGCCUGGCCACUACCCUGCUGCAGGGCUGGGGCGGGUCCUGCUCUCCCUAGACCUACAACCAGCAGCAAACCCCGGGAGAGAGCCCAGGCUAAGCCCCCUCCUCUGCCCCUGCUGCCAGGAACCCGUGAAGUCCAAAGGCCAGGGCGUUCCAAGAGAGCUGCCUUCCUGCGCAGAGCCGCGCCUGGGCCUGGCACAGUCUUCCACUGCCCCAGCUCCCUCCAGCAUCUCUGCGGCAGGCAAGCCCGCUCCUGCUAGGCCGGGCUUGUUCUUCUUGUGCAGGCGCCUGACCACAGCCAGGGCCCCGGGCGGGGCACUGCUCACACAAGGGAAAGGAGCGGAGGGUUUGUCCCUUAGGAUAAUGGGCUGCCUGGCAAAAUGGGCCGGGAACCCCGCCUGUCUCAGGAGCUGUGGGCAAGGCGGAGCAUGCAGGGUAGCUAGCACUAGCAGGGAUAGCUGAGACUGGGGGGCAAUGAGUGUGGCCCCACCCCAAGACUACCCUGGGGAAUAGCACCCGCCAUCCCUCUGGCCAAGUCUUGGAACCCCCCAUGUGCGCCUGGCUCUGGGGAGCAGCAGCCCCUCUACUCAGGUGCACAUCAUCGUCAUAACAUCCAGGGGAGGGGUGGCCUGUGUUUCAGGCCAUGGGAUGCCAGCCGGGGUUAGCUUUUCGUCCCUGGCCCAGCCACCCCCAUCCCUUCAGUCACUAUGGGGGAGAGAGAGACUGGAGUCGAGCCAGACUACUCUGUGGGCCAGGCGAGGGGCAAGGACAAAGGCCGCCUCGUGAGAGAAGAGCCUGUGGGGUGCAGGCCCAGCCAGGGGGUGGACUCGUCCAUCUGCCUGGGCAUUUCUGGGGGGACAACAGGACCCGCUACACAAUCCUGGAGCCGCUUUGGAAGGAACUAAUGUGUCAGCCCCACCCCACCUCCCCCUGGUGUUUGCUGAGCGGCCCCCAGCACUGGCAGUCCAUGCGUGGCUGAGCUGGGCCCUGGGGCGGGGGUGGAGUCCAGCGUCCCUGCCUGCCUGGCUGCGCCCCGUGCCCUGCUGCUGGGCUGGCCCUGGGCGCUGCUCUCUGCCCCCAGGUGGCUGCAGGUGGCUCCAGUGAAAGUUCUGCCUCUGUUUGUGUUGUAGUGACACCACAGCUGCUUCCUUCUGGGACCAGGAAGGGCAAAACAAAUUAAAAACAAAGCAACAAAAAACAAAACAAAGAGGCAACCAACCAACCGAGUCCCAUACUGUCCACACACAUGCACCGAGCAAGCAAGUCCAGCAGGAGGCGCUGCACCCGCCUGAGUCACGGAGAGUACACACCGACCGGACAGCGCCGCGGCCAGCUGGCAGAGAGCCGCCCCUCUCCAACCCUGCCCCGGCCAGCAGCCAUGUUGGGAGACUUGGGUCCCCCUCCCACUCCACAGCCUAGGGCAGGGAGGGAGCGAGAGCAGUGCGGAGUGCUGGGACAGCCUCGGAGCGAGGACUCUGCAGGCCCCAGGCACCCGGCCUGGGCACCGCGUCUUCCUUUCUGCCCUCCCACACCAGGGCCAUGGGCAGAGCGCCGCAGCAGCCCACGCCCUCCUGCAGGUUUGGGGGACUUGGCCUCAGGGGUAGGAGUCUUGCUUUUUGUUUUCAGAGCUCCAAUGCUUUUGCGCUUGCUGGCCAGCGGUGUGUUGAGUGUGGGAGGCCUCGGCUCUCUGAGCGGAGGUGGGAUGGCUGAUGCAGCAGCAGCUUUGCCUGGGCUGCUGGGUGUCGCAGGGGAAGAGGGGCUGUGUUUCAGAGGGAUGUUAGCUAACUGGACUUUGUAGCUCCCUUGCAUUUUCAUCACCCCAGUGGCCUGAGCUCCUGGCUUCCCCCAGCCCCAUGUGGCUAAAGCCAAGCGGGAGCUGCUUCCUGCGCCACACCUACCCAGGGCAGACGGAGUGGGGAAGGGGCUGCAUCUCUGGGCCACAACAUGGCGCACCAGGGAUCAUAUCAGCCCCUGCCCCCCCAGCAUGGAGCCCGAGGCCAUGUGAUCCCACAGUGGCUGCGUCUCAGCCACCCCAUCACCACUGGGGGACAGGGAGCCAACCACACACCCCUUAGUGGUGGCUGCAGGGUCCCUGCUCAGAGCCAGGCCUGCCCCAAGCCCCAGUCCCAUGCUGGCUAGGCAUUGGAGAGGCCCAUCGGGGUGAGGGUCACUAUGGGCAGUGCAUGGGAAGUAGUGGGCAGGGUUGGGCAGUGAGGGGAGGACAGUGCUGGCUCUGGCCAGGAGGUCCCUGCCUGGCAUAGCCCAGCUCUGAACCAGUGACAGGUGGGGGCAGCUGGGCUCUAAGGCUGGGUGCGCUGCUAGCCAUGGCACCAGAUGCACCCAGGUCCUUGCCAGCUUCUUUCAGCUGCUCACCCACCGCCUGCCCCAUGCCACAGCUGGCACAGUCCAGUUGUGUCAAAGGCCAGAGAGGCACUUCCCCCCCCCCGAGCAGCCUCACGAGGUUAGGGUGGGCCAUGGAGCUGUUUGCGCGGCUGCUGGGAAGGCAGGCGGCUGGCUGAGCCAGAUGGAUCCAGCAGGUCUCCCAACAUGGCUCUGUCAUCUCAUGAAACUUCACUUUAUAUUCUGCAUACGCUCCUGAGGCUCCAGCCAUGAGAUCCUCCUUUUCUAUUCCCGUUGUACAUAGCCCCUUCCCAGCCACCCCCCGCUCCGCUGUACAAAGCUCCUUCCAUGUGCUGUGCUGCCGCCGCCCUGGCAGCCCCCCAGCCCCAGAGCGCAGGCUGGCGCCCGCCCAUUCUGUAUGCUUCAAAGGUGUGAUCAUUCUACUAAACAGUAUUAUUAUGAGGAUUAUUAUUAUUAAGAUUAUUAAUAAAGAUUUCUUUCUUCAA